AUGGCAUUCUCCGCCACACACAUUUAUCACAAUCUUCUGGUCAUUUCCUUCCUUGUCCUCCUUCAUGCACUACCGUGUCCUGCUGCUGGCGGAUCAUGGUCUGUGCUCGUCCCAAGUAUUGGCAUAUCCGCCAUGCACAUGCAACUACUCCCAAACGACCGUGUUGUAAUGUAUGAUCGUACUGAUUUUGGUAUCUCCAACAUCUCUCUUCCAAAUGGCAAGUGCCGCCCUAACUCAACAGACUGCUCUGCCCACUCUGUCGAGUAUGAUGUUGGCUCCAACACCGUACGCCCACUCAUGGUAGUCACAAAUGUAUGGUGCUCCUCGGGAACUUUAAUGCGUGAUGGCACUUUAGUCCAGACAGGUGGUUGGGCUGAUGGUUAUCGCAGGGUCAGAACUUAUAAAUCAUGUGACACAUGUGAUUGGCAAGAGAUACCGAAUGGCUUGAACCAACAGAGAUGGUAUGCAACCAAUCACUUAUUGCCUGACGGACGACAAAUUAUCAUUGGCGGUCGCCAGGCAUUUAAUUAUGAGUUCUACCCAAAGAUGACCGCCAAUGAGAACUCUCCCAGCUUUCCAUUUUUGGUUCAGACAAAUGACCCGAAUAUUGAGAAUAAUUUAUACCCAUUUGUAUUUCUCUACCCUGAUGGAAAUUUGUUUGUGUUUGCAAAUAACCGUGCAAUUUUAUUUGACUACUCUAAGAACCAAGUUCUCAAAACGUACCCGACAAUGCCCGGCGGUCAACCAAGGAACUACCCGAGCACGGGCUCUGCUGUUCUACUCCCUUUGCAGAUAAAACAAGGGAAAGUGGAUACAGUUGAAGUGUUGGUUUGUGGUGGUGCUCCAAAAGGAGCAUUCGUUAAUGCUAAUAAUGGAAAAUUUGAUGCAGCUCUGGAUACAUGUGGACGGAUUAAAAUAUCCGACCCAAACCCCCAAUGGAUCAUGGAAACCAUGCCUUUGGCUAGAGUCAUGGGUGACAUGUUGUUGCUUCCCAAUGGACACGUUUUGAUCAUCAAUGGUGCAUCUGCAGGGGUUGCCGGGUGGGAACUUGGGAGGAACCCGGUUCUCAGCCCUGUAUCUUAUAGACCUGAUAACUCAAUCGGGUCUCGUUUUGAGGUGCAGAAUCCAAGUACAAAACCAAGAGUGUACCAUUCUACUGCAGGUCUACUACGAGAUGGUCGGGUUCUAGUUGGUGGAAGCAACCCACACGACAAGUAUGUGUUUACAAAUGUGCUUUAUCCUACUGAGUUGAGUUUGGAGGCAUUUUCGCCCUCUUAUCUAGAUUCAAGCUCUUCUGCUUUACGCCCCAGAAUAAUUUCACCCAAAACCAAAACUGCAAUACGCUUUGGAAAACGAGUGGCUAUUACAUUUACAGUAUCAGGCCCCGUGGAUCUAAAAUCAGUCAUUGUAACAAUAGUAUCCCCGUCAUUUAACACACACUCGUUUUCUAUGAACCAAAGGUUAUUGGUGCUUGAUAGCGGUAACUCCACCAAGGCUGCGGGAAAGACUACGUAUAAAGUAGGCGUGACUGCACCUCCAUCCGGUAACAUUGCACCAACCGGGAACUAUCUACUAUUUGUUGUUCAUAAAGAAAUCCCAAGUCCAGGAAUUUGGGUGCGAAUGCAGAAAUAA